CUGCGCCACAUCUCAUUAAUGAGCUCUAACACAGCGCGGACUGAGAGAGGCUUUAAACGCGUCUAAGGUGCAUUUUUUUUUUGCCAUCAGCUGAUCCAAACUGCAACAGGCAUCACCGAGGAGGAGAAAAUAAAAAAGGACAGCAGCGUGUUGUUUAAGGAUUCUAUUUCCAAAGUAAACAAACUCAGACUUUUACAGUCCAGGAACUAUACUUUUUUUUCUUUUUUAAGUGGAGGAUCGAGUCUGUGCUUGGACACAAACACAAAAAGCGACAUUUCGAUUUUAGAGGACCGCUCAGCCAUGGAGGUCGCAGCGGCGGAUCAGUCUCGGUGGAUGGCGCACCAUCACGCCGUGCUGAACGGCCAGCACCCGGACUCUCACCAUCACAGCCUGAGCCACAACUACAUGGAGCCUAUGGCGCCUUUGCUGCCUCAGGACGAAGUGGACAUGUUUCUGAACCACUUGGAUUCUCAAGGGAACCCCUACUACACCAACUCCCGGGCGAGGGUCACAUACAGCCAAGCGCACGCUCGCCUUGGGAAUCAGGUUUGCCGGCCACACCUCAUCCACAGCCCCGGGAUUCCUUGGCUGGACCCCGGGAAAGCUGCCCUGUCCGCUGCGCACCACCACAACGCCUGGGCGGUCAGCCACUUCAGCAAACCCGGCCUGCACCCAGCCGGCUCCGGCUACCCCUGCAGCAGCAGCGCCGGCACGGCUCCCGUGUCCUCCCUCACCCCGGCGUCCCACUCCAGCCCGCACCUCUACAGCUUCCCGCCCACCCCUCCGAAGGACGUGUCCCCGGACCCGGGCCCCACGUCUCCGACGUCCACCUCGAACCGCAUGGACGAGAAGGACUCGCUCAAGUACCAGGUGCCGCUGACGGACGGGAUGAAGAUGGAGAGCUGCAGCCCGCUCCGAGGCGGCCUGGCCUCGAUGAACAGCCAGGCUCCGGCCACGCACCACCCCAUCCCCACGUACCCGGCCUACUCCCUGCCCACACCCCACGAGUACAGCGGCAGCCUCUUCCACCCGGGCAGCCUGCUGGGCGGCUCGGCCUCCAGCUUCACGCCCAAGUGCAAAAGCAAAGCCAGGUCGAGCUCAGAACUCUAUGCAGAGGGCCGUGAGUGCGUGAACUGCGGUGCCACGUCCACCCCGCUGUGGCGGCGGGACGGUACCGGCCACUACCUGUGCAACGCCUGCGGACUGUACCACAAGAUGAACGGCCAGAACCGGCCCCUCAUCAAGCCCAAACGGAGACUGGUGAGUUUUUAACCCCGCAGCUUCACUCGCAGAGCAAGGCACCCAAAUAUGAGCACAAAGCAGAUGACGGCAGCACAAUUCCAGGAAAGUUAUAUUUUCCCUAUGAUCUUCCUGGAAUUGUUUGUCCCUCUCACCUCCCGAUGAUCCGCCUUCAUGGCCUGUUACAAUACUGCUACUAUUGCCAUUGUUCAUGCUAUCGCUAUUGCUGGUUCUUCUGAUACUGUUACUGAUACCAGUGCCCAGGCUGCUUCACUUAACACCAUAAAGGAGGAGAUUAAAGCAGCAAGGACACACAGUAUGCCUACUAUCUAUCUAUCUAUCUAUCUAUCUAUCUAUCUAUCUAUCUAUCUAUCUAUCUAUCUAUCUAUCUAUCUAU